CAAACUGGGGAAAACACUCCCCAUUUAUCCACAGCUGUUGCAACAUGUCCAGUAGGAUUUUAUACAAAUGACGCCUUUAAGAUAUGUAUUUGAAGGCAUUUAGGACGGAAUUUACCUGUGUUUUAUUGCAUUAGAUAAACUUGGUGAACACUUUACUUCGGAUGAUUGGUCGCUUGAGCUGGAUUUUCCACAUCCAGUAAUAAUGUUCUGCAGAAACCAAAGCUCCAGAGCUACAGUGGCCCGCGGAUCCGCUAUGGAGAUGGAGGUGAAGAGAGGCCGAUUCCGACUCAGCGUGUUGGAGGAUUCAGCACAGGACAGUGAGGUUCAACAGCGGAUCGAAAGGGAAGUGCGGAUCAGGGAAGGGGCCUGUAAGCUGUUGGCUGCUUGUUCUCAGAGAGAUCAGGCUCUGGAAGCUUCCAAGACUCUCCUGACGUCCAACAGCCGCAUCCUGGCCCUCAUGACGAGACUGCAGCGCAUGAAGGAGGAGCAGGCCAUGCUGAGAGCCGGACGCAGGUCAUCUGAUGGAGGCUGUGUUGAUGAUCGAUUACCUUGUACAGCAAAACUGGCCAUUUCAGAUAUUCGGAUUCCUCUCAUGUGGAAAGACUCUGAAUAUUUCAAAAAUAAAGGAGAGCUGCACCGCUGUGCUGUGUUCUGUUUGCUGCAGGUCGGGACUGAGAUUUAUGAUACUGAGCUUGUAAUAGUGGACCGGACCCUCACUGAUGUCUGUUUUGAAGAACCUGUCAUAUUCUCUGAUGCACCUCCAACAUUCAGCCUGCGGGUGGAGCUCUACAGCUGCUGUGUGGAGGAGGACUUCAAUGUGGGUUUCUCCUCACGAAGGCUCAGCCGGUUGGGAAGCUCAAGCUCCUCCACUAAGAGGCUCUCCUCAGCUUCCAGCAGCACAUCUGGAUCAGCAGGAGGCAGCAGUUCACCUGGAGGAGAAUCUCCAGUUCUGCCGCCUGCGCUCUCUUUGCGGGGUCCGAAAUAUCAUCUCCUGGCCCACACCACUCUGAGCCUGAGCCAUGUGCAGAGCUCUUUCCGAACACACGACCUGACAAUAGCAGACACUGAGGAGUCUUCAUUCUGGUUGCCGCUCUAUGGAAAUAUGUGCUGUCGUCUGGUUGCUCAGCCUCUCUGUAUGAUUCAAAAUGUCAUGUGUGGACAGCUCAGAAUUCGGUCAGAAAGCAAUCCUGAGGACUGGAGAGAUGCCUACGGUGUCCUGAGUGGGUCAUUUUUAAAGUGUUACCAGCAGCAAGAAGAAACAGACUCUUUAGAGACGCCGGUGUUUACUAUUCCCAUUAAUAAGGAAACCCGUGUGCGUGCCACUGAGAGAGACCCGGCUCUGCAUGCUCAGAGUAUUUCCAUAACCAGCCAGUGCGAAGGUGAAACCACGUACACUAUUGUCACAGCCACAUCUGAAGACACGCAUAACUGGAUGGAAGCCUUCUGGCAGCAUUUUUACGACAUGAGUCAGUGGAAGCAGUGCUGUGAGGAACUCAUGAAGAUUGAGGAACCGUCGGCGAGAAAAACAGUGUCAGUGACAUUAAAACAAGGCUCUCUGUUUCAUGAAAUGGUUUCACCAUCAUCAUCAUCAUCAUCAUUGUCGUCAUCCUCCCAGUCCAGAAACCCUCUGCUGCCCCUGAACAGACCAGUUUCUUCUGAGAUCCAGAGUCUGCUGUCCACCUAUUAUAAUGACAGUUACUGAAGGAUGGAACGAGGCUAAAGAAAAAACCUGUUUUGUGCACUUCUCAACACACCCCGUCACAAGAUUUGGUGUGCAACAUUUUGGUUUGUUAUUGGCAAAUCGAAAUUAGAAUUUUUAUUUUUAAAAAUUUCCAAAGUGCAUAACCAAAUAACCUCAGUGGUUUAUCAUUAUUUCAGUCUUAACCCUAAUGUUAGAGUGAUGUACGUUAUUAACCAAUUAUUAUGAUGCCAAAAAAUGAAUAAAUACACUUUCAUAUUCAGUUUGAAAUGUUGUCAAGUUUAAGCAUUGGAACACACAAUAGACUUGCUCGGAAAUGUGUUGCCAGUGGCAUUAAGUAAUUAUGGUAUAGCAUCGUUAUGCUAUAACAAGAAUGUUGCGAUUGACCAAUCAGAAGCAAGCAUUCCUAAGUGCUGUAUAGUCAUGCAGAAUAUGAUACUAUUAUGACAGAUUUUUUUUCUUAUUUAGGAAAUUUGUAAAUGUUGAAGACUCAAACAUAAUUUAGCUAAAUAAGAAUGUUUAGAUGGACAAAUCAGAAGCAAACAUUCCAAAGCACUGUGUAAUCAUUGAAAAUAUGAGUAUAAUAUGAUAUUUCUUCCUCUUUAGUCAUUUCUCUGUCUGGAAUUGUCAAUAUGCAAAAAUGAGAAUGUUGUGAUUGACCAAUCAGAGGCAAGCAUUCCAAAGAGUUCACUGUUGAUUAAUGAUUCUGUUAUUAAUUAUUCUUUUAUGAAAGAUGUGUCUUCCAACAAAGUCAUUUCUCACAUUAUAAUUGUUAAGGACUGAAAAUAAACAUAACUUUGCAAAAAA